AUGAGUAAGCAAUACUUGAUAAUAGACAAUGGCGCGUAUAACAUUAAAGCAGGAUUCAACAACGGCGAAGAAUCAGCACCGUUAAAAGUUUAUAAUGCCAUUACACGAACCAAGGAUGGAUUAAUCCAUAUUGGAAAUCAAUUUAAAACUCAUACCAAAAAUUUUUCAGGGAUCCAAAUUAAACGUCCAUUUGAGCAAGGCCAUUUAACCUCGUGGGAGACCGAAAAACCAAUAUGGGACUAUACGAUCGACCAAAUACUGCCGAAAAGGGAAAUAGACCCAUCUAAUAUCCACUUGACUUUGACAGAAACACCUUUCCAAUUACCUCAAUUGUCUUCAAAUACAGAUCAGAUUGUUUUUGAAGAGUAUGGUUUUCAAGAGUAUUACAGAUGUACCCCGCCGUCGUUAGUCCCUUUUGGUGUUGAUACAUCAAUUGUGAAUCCCGAUUUCACUCUUGUUAUUGAUGCUGGUUUCAAUUUUACCUGGAUCAUGCCAAUCUUGUAUCAAAAAGUUUACUGGGAAGGAGUCAGAAAACUUCCGGUUGGCGGUAACUUACUCAACGGGCUCCUCAAAGAAAUCAUUUCCUUUCGAUAUUAUGAUAUCUCUGAUGACCCAAUACUUAUAAACACGAUAAAGGAAUCAACAUGCUUUUUUGCAUCUGAUUUUAAUCAAGCUUUAAAGAAAAAGGCAAAUCUCGGGUGUGAGUUUGUAUUGCCAGAUUUCAAAACCACUGCAACAGGUUACGUUGUUUGUGCUGAUGCUCCUAAAGUUUCAGCUGAUUCCCAGGUCUUGAAUCUCUACGACGAACGGUUUACUGUGCCCGAGACUUUUUAUCAUCCAGAAAUAAUGUUUGACACAAAUGGGUCCACAGCUUCCAAUACCCUACUACAACAGGCACCAAUAAAGAGUCUAACCGAUUUAGUAGUAUCGAGCAUAAUGUCCUGUCCCGAAAUCACACGGCCUUUGCUACUGGCGAAUAUCUGUCUUGUUGGAGGUACUACAAACAUUCCUAAUUUCAAAACGAGACUUUUACUAGAAUUAACAAAGGAACUUUCACUGAACUGGAAAGUCAUUGUAAAUGACAAACAAAACGAUACCUUACCAGAUGAAAUGAGUUGGUAUGGAGGUGUCAACCUAACUAAUGAAGAUGUUAUCAACAAUAUAAGCAUAUCUAAAAAGGACUAUUUCGAACAUGGAAGUAAUUGGUGUCAGAAGCAGUUUGGCUUUAAAAAUCUAUAA